AUGUCGUCCGCCAACAAGCUCACCGUCCUCAUUACCGGAUGCUCCCCGGGCGGAAUGGGCGCAGCUUUGGCCGUCGCUUUCCACAGCGCCGGACAUGACGUUUACGCCACAGCACGGAACACCUCCAAGUUGAACCCCUUGGCCAAGCAGGGCAUCAAAACACUCCUCUUAGACAUAACCUCCGCGUCCUCAAUCGCAUCCGCCGUCGCAUCCAUAACUACCUCCCUCCCCUCUACCAAAGGCCUCGACAUCCUCAUCAACAACGCCGCAGGCAUCCACACCAUGCCUCUCGCCGACGCCUCCAUCCCAGCAGCGCGUGAGCUUUUCGACCUAAACGUCUGGGCCCAGCUCGCUGUCACUCAAGCCUUCCUCCCGCUUCUCCUACGCUCGGCUACACCAACCUCAACCUUCCACCCCCUGAUCGUUAACCACACUUCGGUCGGAUCCGUCGCCGCCCUUCCCUUCCAGGGCAUCUACAACGUCUCCAAAGCCGCCCUCGCCAUGCUUACUGCCACGCUGCGCAUGGAGCUCGCGCCCUUUGACAUCCGUGUCAUCGACCUCAAGACAGCCGGCGUCAAGACCAAUAUUAUUAGUAACAGCAACUUCAACGACGGCACCCGUGCCGAUAGGUUGCCUGAAGACUCGAUCUACGCGCCGGCCCGCGAGCUGGUGGAGCACUCUAUGAGCCAGGAGGCGCUGCGCGAUCGGGGCGUGACGCCGGAGCAGUGGGCGGGCGAAGUGGUGGGGUUGUUGCUGGGCCGGAACCCACCGGCGGUGAUUUGGCGUGGAGAGAGUGCUUUGCUUGCGAGGGUGGCGACGGCAGUGCCAUGUGGAUUGAUGGAGGGCGUGACAGCGAAGUUGAUGGGGUUGGAUAAGGUGGAGGAGGUUAUUAGGGAGGCGAGAAGGUGA